GUAUCCGUUAUCUACGGCUAGGUCUGGGCUGCAUUUUUGUGUACACACGGGCAAUAAACGUAGCCGUAGCUCUGAAGGCCCAUUUUGGACAAGGCUAGCGCUUUCGAUUCAUUAUCGUGUUUUGGGUUACGAGGUGAAAAAAGUCUGCUUCACGCAUCGACAGCAUUGGAAGUUCUACGGUGUAACACCUCCACUACUCAGCUUCAGUAACCAUCAUCAUCAUCAUCAUGCGAGAGAAUUGAACUGGUCAGUCUGAUCAGCUGCAUAACUAUUUUUUUGUGUUUUCGAUUGUUUACCAACAUGUACUGGUAGGAGAAAACCACAAUGGAUCCAUCCAAAGUGCCCUAUCCUGUCAGUAUUAGCGUCUGCACACGUACCGGUGAUGUUCCAUCCAACGUAAUCACCACUCCAACAACUAUGGUUGGCUUCCAACUACAAGCCAACCCUAAUCCCAUACAAGUUGCAGCCCCCUCAGAGAGUAAAAUUCCGAUUUCAGCAGCUAUUCCAGCUAUGUUGACUACACCCCUGGAUUACAAUGGCAGCCAACCAACUGUGGUCCAUGUUGCACCAUCGAUGAUGGCUGUGGAUAGAGUCUUGAAUGCAUUGAGUGACCAAGAUCAAGCUAGCUCAGAUCUUGAGGUUCAGUCAGUUAUGUGUCCAGAGACCAGAAAUUUAUUGCCAACACUGAAGCCAGUUUGCACCAGCAGGUCUUCAUCGUCAAGUAAAUCCAGCAAAUCUAGCUAUUCUCCAAUGAGGUUACAGAUAUCAAUGACGAAUACCAAGCGAGGAAAUGUUCAAAGUGUAACACCUACAUGUCUCUAUAAUUACAGUAUUCACCAGCUGGCUGCUCAAGGUGAGAUUGCCGUCCUUGAAGAGAAGUUCCAGGAGGAACUUGACAUUGAUGAGCUCGACGCAGACGGCUGCACUCCUCUGAUGUGGGCGUGUGCUCACCAGCAGACGGACAUCGUCCAGCAUCUCCUGGCCCAUGGCGCUGAUGUCACUAAGGAAAGUGUAGAUGGAGAGACUGCCUUAGCCUUUGCUAGCAGUGUUGGAUGUAUUGAUAUCAUCCGUUUAUUGCUCACUGAGGGAGCAGAUGUUAAUAAAUCUGAUUGGAAUGAAGGAACACCACUGCUGUAUGCUGUGUAUAAAAACCAUCCCGUAUGUGUACGUCUGCUCUUGGAGGCUGGAGCUGACUUAACUGUACAAACGGAAGGUGGACACACCCCUUUAAGUCUUGCUGUUGCCCUUGGUCAUAGAGAAGUGCAACUUACAAUCGAGAAGCACAUGAUAUCUCUUCUGCAGAAUGGCUAACGACAUCAAUGACCUAGAGUUCAAUGGAAUAUGUAAGGCAGACAGCAAAACUGAGGGUAUUUACCAAAGUCACUUCUCUUAUCACUUUCUUUGACACAAGCUGUUCUUGUACCACACUGAUACCCAUUUAAACCAAGACAAAGAACUUUGGUUAAGUAAUACAUAAUAUUGUAAAAUUUUAGAGUUACAAGGUCACUCUCUAGAUAGAGAAGACUUAGCCUGUCGUAAAUGAAGUAUCCCAGUACCAGUGAUUUAAAUCCAUUUAUGCAGUUUGUGCAAAAAAUAGAACCUGCAUGGACUAUCCGCCCUGAGCAGGACCAAGAGAGGGGGUGAUUUUCCUAGCAAUGGAGGCUUCUUUGGUGGAAACUGCACAU